GGCCGCUCCCCCUCUGGCCAUUUUCAGCAAAGUGGCGCCUUUUUGGAAACUUUUUAAACUCAAAGUUUUAAACAAUGAUAUUUGUGAAACAAAUAUUUUUGGUCGGCACAUCUAUGUAAAUCACAAGAUUUCUAUUCAUGCAGCAAUUAAGCAUUUUUGUACUAGUCUAGUAGUGUCUACGUUUACAACACGUAUUAACAGCUGCAUCAGUUUGCCAUUCUAAAAAUAACCAUUACUAUGCAUUGCAAUGUUUAAAAAACCUUUAUGGCCAACACUGGCCCAUCAAGUGGUUACCAAUGCCAACACUAGCACAUCAAGUGGUGACCAGGGCCAAAACUAGCACAUCAAGUGGUGACCAAUGCCAACACUAGCACAUCAAGUGGUGACCAGGGCCAAAACUAGCACAUCAAGUGGUGACCAGGGCCAAAACUAGCACAUCAAGUGGUGACCAAUGCCAACACUGGCCCAUCAAGUGGUGACCAGGGCCAACACUAGCACAUCAAGUGGUGACCAGGGCCAAAACUAGCACAUCAAGUGGUGAUCAAUGCCAACACUAGUACAUCAAGUGGUGACCAGGGCCAAAACUAGCACAUCAAGUGGUGACCAGGGCCAACACUAACACAUCAAGUGGUGACCAAUGCCAACACUGGCCCAUCAAGUGGUGACCAGGGCCAAAACUAGCACAUCAAGUGGUGACCAGGGCCAACACUAGCACAUCAAGUGGUGACCAAUGCCAACACUGGCCCAUCAAGUGGUGACCAGGGCCAACACUAGCACAUCAAGUGGUGACCAGGGCCAAAACUAGCACAUCAAGUGGUGAUCAAUGCCAACACUAGUACAUCAAGUGGUGACCAGGGCCAAAACUAGCACAUCAAGUGGUGACCAAUGCCAACACUAGCACAUCAAGUGGUGACCAAUGACAACACUAGCCCAUCAAGUGGUGACCAGGGCCAAAACUAGCACAUCAAGUGGUGACCAAUGCCAACACUACCACAUCAAGUGGUGACCGAUGCCAACACUAGCACAUCAAGUGGUGACCAGGGCCAACACUGGCCCAUCAAGUGGUGACCAGAGCCAACACUAGCACAUCAAGUGGUGACCAGGGCCAACACUGGCCCAUCAAGUGGUGACCAGAGCCAACACUGGAGCCUCUACCAUUUUAAAUGGAAUAAUAUUUGAGACGUUAGGACUAUGUCACUACUACUGUACUGAAAUUGUUAAUGUAUUUUUUAUGCUCAUCUGUGAGCGCUGUUCCCCGUGUUCCCAUAUCAUGUGACAUCUGGGACUCUGGGUAGUUGUGCCUGUGUCCGUGUCAUUCAAACCCCAGGCUGCUAAGGACAUGGAUGGUGCAGUUGCUUAGGUUAAAAUGGUUAUGUAAACCUAAUGAAGGCCAACGCAUCAGAAAGACGGAUCUCCUCCAGAAAAAACCUACUCAGUAUGCCACUUGUUCAGCGUGAGGAGAAAGAAAUGUGUAGCAGGGUUACGCAUACUUUGACUAAUGCGUUUUCAAAUGUCUUAUCGGCGCCAUUUCCUGAAAACAAUCAAAAUUAUGAUUUAAAUGAAGAUAUUAGCACUUCACUAAUUUCGAAAAACAGAACAAAAUGCAUGAAAGAAAACUAUGAAUCACAUAAGGAGGCAUCACGGCAAUCUUUGCAAUCAACACAUUCCAUAUUGGAGUACACUGAAAACCGCACUGUUCUCAAAUGCAGCAAUAUGCAAACUUUGAUGAAUUUGUUGAAGGGGACAGCUGGCACGGGAAUUUUAUCUUUACCAUUUGCCUUUAAAAACAGUGGAUUAUGGACAGGUUUUGGACUUUUCCUGAUUAUAGCCUUGGUUGCAGUUCACUGUAUGCAUAUUUUAAGUGACAGCAGUAACAGACUAGAACAAAGAGCUGGGAGGCAAAUUGCCAAUUACGCAGACGUUGUAGAACUGGCAUUUUCCCACGGACCUAAAGGCUUGCAGAGGCUGGCCAAGCCUAUGAGAUAUGUUUCGAAUACACUGAUCUGCAUCAUGCAAUGUGGAUUUUGUUGUGUCUACAUAGCCUGGGCGUCAGUCACUAUUAAAGAGGUGCUUGACCAGUACUGGCCAUCCAGUCCAAAUGUCCGAGUUUAUGAAGUGACAGUCUUUCUGCUCCUGCUGCCUUAUGUCAUGAUACGAAGUUUGAAAAUCUUGGCCGUGUUUUCUGCAGUAGCUAAUGUCAUUUACCUUGUCGGUCUGAUCGUCAUUUUGCAGUACAUGUUACAGGAUCUUCCCAAUCAAAAAGAACGUCCAGUUUUUAAAUCGUGGUCUUCCCUCACUAUGUUCUUUGGUACAUCCGUGUAUUCAUUCGAGAGCAUUUGCCUGAUAAUUCCUCUGAGGAACAGAAUGCAAAACGUGUCAGAUUUUGGCGGAUGGUCCGGAGUUCUUAGCCUGGCUAUGGUGAUAGUUACUGCCAUGUACACGGCAGUUGGUUUCUACGGAUAUUUGAAGUUUGGAGAAGAUUCUGCUGCAGCCAUCACUCUUAACCUCCCAGUAAAGCAGAUCCUUUACCAGUUGGUCAACGUAAGCUUCGCUGUCGCAGUUUUCAUCUCAGUUGCCGUCCAGUUUUAUGUUCCCAUCAAUGUUGUUUGGCCAGUGAUUGAAAACUGGUUUCUACAUAGGACAUCAUCUCCAGCUUUCCAAGUCUUAGAGUAUCUGACAAGAGCAGUGUUGCUGAUCAUCAUAUUCAGUAUCGCCACCCUAGCCCCUCACAUCGAACUGUUGAUGGCACUGUUUGGAUCGUUCUGUGGGGGUUUGAUGUCUAUUAUAAUACCGGUGUUUGUAGAAAUGUUGACCCUAUAUGGAGAUGAAGAACUUACAGCUUUAGUGCUGGCAAAAGAUGUUUUUCUCUUGUGCUUUGGUCUGUUGGGUCUUACUACAGGAACCUACACAGCUAUGCUUGACAUCAGCCAGACAUUUUGACAUCCUGAAGUUCACUAGAGAAACACAGCUAUGCUUGACAUCAGCCAGACAUUUUGACAUCCUGAAGUUCACUAGAGAAACACAGCUCUGCUUGACCAACAUCCUCAAAUUAAUUAUUGUAUUUGUAUAUUAGAAAAAAAUUAAUUUCACCCAAUAAACUAUUGUCACUAAAAAUAAUCUUGACAGCAUGGUUGGGUGGUAGAACACUUGAUGGCUGACCCAAUGUUUAAAAUUCAGAUCUUGAUCAGGACUUGAGUCAGCAGUAUGUACCUGACUCAAGAUUGGGCUGGGCACACCAUUAUAUGCAGAUGGAUAGAAACUUAUCAACUCAAUCUGCCCAAUGGAUUGUUAGGUCUGAGAAAGGG